AUGACAAGAGAUAUAACAAAUCAUUUACUUUUCGAAGUAGCAACAGAAGUUGCCCAUAAAGUUGGAGGAAUUUAUUCAGUUUUAAAAUCAAAAGCUCCAAUAACAGUAGCUGAAUAUAGAGAACGUUAUACAUUAAUUGGUCCAUGGAAUCAUAGUUCUGCACAAAUUGAAGUUGAAGAAUUACCUGUAAAAGAUCCAUUAAUUAAACAAACUUUAGAUUCAAUGUCUCAAAAGGGUAUAAGAUGGCUUUAUGGUAGAUGGUUAAUUGAAGGUGCUCCAAGAGUUUUAUUAUUUGAUAUUUGGUCAGCUGGUCAUUUUUUAAAUGAAUGGAAAACUGAUUUAUGGAAUACUGCUGGUAUUCCAACUCCUGAUCAUGAUUCUGAAACUAAUGAAGCUAUAUUAUUAGGUUAUUUAGUUGCUUGGUUUUUAGGGGAAUUAGUUUACAAUGAUACUGAUAGAGCAGUUAUUGCACAUUUUCAUGAAUGGUUAGCUGGAAUUGCAUUACCAUUAUGUCGUAAAAGAAGAAUUGAUGUAACAACAAUUUUUACAACUCAUGCUACUUUAUUAGGAAGAUAUCUUUGUGCUGGUUCAAUUGAUUUUUAUAAUAAUUUAGCAAAUUUUGAUGUUGAUGCAGAAGCUGGUAAAAGAGGCAUAUAUCAUCGUUAUUGUAUUGAAAGAUCUGCAACUCAUUCAGCAGAUGUUUUUACAACUGUAUCUCAUAUUACUGCAUUUGAAAGUGAACAUUUAUUAAAAAGAAAACCAGAUGGUGUAUUACCAAAUGGUUUAAAUGUUGUUAAAUUUCAAGCAGUUCAUGAAUUUCAAAAUUUACAUGCUGUUAAAAAGGAAAAAAUUAAUGAAUUUAUAAAAGGUCAUUUUUAUGGAAAUUAUGAUUUUGAUUUAGAAAAUACUUUAUAUUUUUUCAUUGCUGGUAGAUAUGAAUUUAGAAAUAAAGGUUGUGAUUUUUUUAUUGAAAGUUUAGCAAGAUUAAAUCAUAAAUUAAAAGAAACAGGUUCUAAAAUGACAGUUGUUGCAUUUAUUAUAAUGCCAGGUAGAACUCAAUCAUAUACUGUUGAAACAUUAAAAGGUCAAGCAGUUAUAAAACAAUUAGAAUCAACAAUUGAAGAAGUUCAAAAAAAAGUUGGAGAAAGAUUAUUUGAACAUUGUGCAAGAUAUCCAAAUUCAGAACAUUCAGGUCAUAAAUCAAAUGAAGUACCAUCAAUUGAUGAAUUAAUUAAACCAGCUGAUAGAGUAUUAUUAAAAAGAAGAAUUUAUGCAUUAAAAAGAGAUGGUUUACCUCCAAUAGUAACUCAUAAUAUGAUUGAUGAUAAUAAUGAUCCAAUUUUAAAUCAAAUUAGAAGAGUUCAAUUAUUUAAUAAACCAGAAGAUAGAGUUAAAAUAAUUUUUCAUCCAGAAUUUUUAAAUGCAAAUAAUCCAAUAUUAUCAUUAGAUUAUGAUGAAUUUGUACGUGGUUGUCAUUUAGGUGUAUUUCCAUCAUAUUAUGAACCUUGGGGUUAUACACCUGCUGAAUGUACAGUAAUGGGUAUACCAUCAAUAACAACAAAUUUAUCAGGAUUUGGAUGUUAUAUGGAAGAUUUAAUUGAAAAUACAAGUGAUUAUGGAAUAUAUAUAGUUGAUAGAAGAAUGAAAUCAGUUGAUGAAUCAAUUGAUCAAUUAACAAAUUAUAUGUAUGAAUUUUGUGAAAAAACAAGAAGACAAAGAAUAAAUCAAAGAAAUAGAACUGAAAGAUUAAGUGAUUUAUUAGAUUGGAAAAGAAUGGGAUUAGAAUAUAUAAAAGCAAGACAAUUAUCUUUAAAAAGAGCUUAUCCUGAUAAAUUUAAAAAUGGUGCAAAUCCUUUUAAUAAUUCUUCAAAUUUAAAAUUAACAAGACCUUUAUCAGUUCCAGGAUCACCAAGAUCUAAAAUUGGUUUAAUGACACCUGGUGAUUUAGGUAGUUUACAAGAAGCUCAAGAAGGUUUAAAUACUGAUGAUUAUGUUGGGUUUAAAUUAGGUUUAGGUGCUAAUGAUGAUGAAAAUGAAGAAGGUGAAAAUGAUCAUCAUUAUCCUUUAACUUUAAGAGGUAAUUCAAUUCCACCAGAAGAUCCACCAACUUAA